GAUGACGUCAAAGUUCGCGACACAGAGGUUGUUUGGGAGGAAGUGACAAGAUAUAGAAAAAGAAAGGCGAAUAUUUGGCCCAAUUGAAGUAAACAACCAGUGAUUGCUGUUGCUUAACAUUUGCCUUUCUUUUUAAGCACCUGUGGCUAGCUAUAGGUACUGAAAGAAGAUUUCGUGAAAUUAAAGAGACGUGCGUUCUGACUUCAACUACCCCAAAAAACGAGCCAGUCUUCGGUCUCUGCGGCGUAACGACGUUAGCAAGCGGCUAGCUAUCCAGCUUGGUUGUCGGUGGAGGGGGCAGGCAACAUUUUAUCUGUUUUUCACCAAGCAAGACGUGAGGCCCCUGUUGACAUUCUUAAAUAUACCAUCUCCUGUUUUGGCUUGAUCAAGCUGUGGCACGAUGACGUCUAGGAAGAAAGUGUUACUCAAAGUCAUCAUCCUGGGAGACUCUGGAGUUGGGAAGACCUCGCUGAUGAACCAGUAUGUGAAUAAGAAGUUCAGUAACCAGUACAAAGCCACAAUAGGAGCUGAUUUCCUGACGAAAGAAGUGAUGGUAGACGACAGGCUUGUCACCAUGCAGAUCUGGGACACAGCGGGCCAGGAGAGGUUCCAGUCUCUGGGCGUGGCCUUCUACCGUGGGGCUGACUGCUGUGUGCUGGUGUUUGACGUGACCGCCCCCAACACCUUCAAGACCCUAGACAGCUGGAGGGAUGAGUUCCUUAUCCAGGCCAGCCCCCGAGACCCCGAGAACUUCCCCUUCGUCGUGCUAGGCAACAAGAUCGACCUGGAGAACAGACAGGUGACGACCAAACGGGCGCAGGCCUGGUGUCAGAGCAAAAACAACAUACCCUACUUCGAGACCAGCGCCAAAGAGGCCAUCAACGUUGAGCAGGCUUUCCAGACUAUCGCACGCAACGCUCUUAAACAGGAGACAGAGGUGGAGUUGUACAACGAGUUCCCAGAACCAAUCAAGCUGGACAGGAAUGAACGGGCCAAGCCGUCGGCAGAAGCUUGCAGCUGCUGAGGACCUAGGAGGCCUCCAGGGGCCCGACGGUCGGCCCUGCUACCCUGUCUUGCCUUGUCUACCCCUGAUCCCCACUCCACUGUGUGCUCCCCUCUGCCCAAUAUUAUAACUGGCCUUCUUAGAUGCCAGCAGAAUCCCGCUCCUAGUAAAGUAUACUUUACACACACACACACACACACAAAUGUUACACUCACACCCAUUGUCUGCCACAUCACACAUUUACUGUCCAGAUGAGUCUCCGAGCCCAAAGAACCCCCAGACGGUUAUUAGAGAAUUUAAUAACAUGACAUAUCCCCCAUGGCUCAAAGACCUUUUUAGGAUAACCACAGUUUCCAUAGCGUGACCCAACUACACAUAAUGUACACCCAAAUCUACAGGAAAAAAACCUACAUGACAUUUCAAGGGGUGACGUACAUAGUUCACUCCCAAAGUUCCAGUUAUGAAGAAUCAGAAUGAAUCAUUUAUAUAAGUGUGUGAAAGAGUGUGUUGGUAAUGUUCUACCCAAAGAGAUGUGUUCAUUGGCUUGGAUGUGAACUAUUAGGUCCAACAUAGAAAUGGGUUGUUCAAUACAUUUCUUUGCACUUUGUUUUCAUGUAGAUGUUUUCAAACUGUUUUAAAGCCCUAUUCGCACAAGAUUGUGUUCCCUGGGGGAGGUCAGGUUAUGUAAUUAGGUGCACAAGCUUAAAACUACAUGUAUCUUGUCCAAAUCUGCCUUGUUGGCAGUUUUUACUUAGGGUUUAGAAACAAGAGAAAUGUAAUGUAUCAAGAUGGCCAACUCCACGGGGGUAGGGACAACUAGCUGACCAGAUUAACUCCCCACCCAUCCCUAAAAUAUGGGUUUGUCCAGUAUUGGUAUUUUCAUGCUAAGAAAUAUUUAAACAUUGUACAAGUGUUUAGCUCUCAUGCGCUGGCUGGAGGUAUUUAGCAUGUCUUGUGAGGAUUGCUAAAAUAAUGAUUAUGAUCACACUUCCUCAAUUUGAAUGUGAUGGUAACAGAUAAUAUACAUUUUGUAGCUAAUUCAGUGUAUCCUGUUAUUAUCAAGGCAUGUUGAUGUAUUCACACAAGGUAUAAAAACCUCCCGUCUUCUGAUAUCACUGCAGAUUUAUUGGAGUGAAAAAGAUGGGAUAAUUUGUUCUAUCCAAAUUGUCCACCAGAAUACAGACAUUCUUCACCAAUGUUCUCUAGUAAUACUGGAUCUGUGUGAAUAGGGUUAAAGACACCUCAUUUUGGAGCCAAAAUAAAUUAAAUGAAGGGUAAAGAGGCAGUGUGAAUUUUGAGUUUGCUGCCAAGCUCGAUCAUCUCCCUCAACAUUGUGUUUCUGAAUGAGGAUAGGCAGGCAGCAGAUUUGUCGUUUUGAGACUUGACACAAGGGAGUAGAAUCAGGGAGAAUGUCCUAGCUGACUGCUUUGGAGGGGACAAAGAUUUGUCUGGGGUAUGACUCAUUACUAGUAGUUAUUACUAUUAGCUAGUACCUCGGUAUUGUCUUCUUUUUACACUUAACUGUUGCAAGACUGUAUAUUUGCAAACCUUUAACCUGUUCAUGUAUCUGGUUCUAGUAUAUGGCCUUUGUCAGGAUCUUCUCCACAUUUGGAUUUUGGACACAUCUUUGGACAUGUGUAGAUGAGGUGAAGACACGUUAUCUGAUCGUGCUAAAAGACAAGAUCUGAACAAAGGAAACAUGUUAAAAGCAGAUAAAGACGGCUCCUGUCUCUGCCGAUAGCUCAGGUUGGCAAAUUGUUUAAGUGCUUGAUAUUUCUUUUUUAACCUAUCAGAUAUUUUACUGUCUGUUCAUAUAUUGUGUUUAGAGUUUCAAUUACAAUGUCCAAAUCAUAUAGAGGACAAGAUAGAAAACAAACCUUACAAAAAAUAUGGGAAGCAUUAAUCAUUGUAUUAAUAAUGAAAUGAUAAAUGCACUUCAUCCACAUUGUUUGAAAAUGGUCUUUGGGUUUCAAGUAAUAACAAUAAUAAACGGUAAAGAAUC